ACAUUGACGUAACCAUAUCUAAACUAUAUAAGGACAAAUCUGUGCAGACAUCUACGUCUUUUGGAAUUCAACAGCAAGAAUCACCAUGCAACUCUUAGUUAUCUUUGCAGUCAUUGCCUGUGCCUUGGCAGCACCAUGUGUCCAUGACAACCAUGCUGAUUUAACUGAAGAACAUGUUAUGAAUAUGGUGGUUGCUGCUGCGGAUUCAAACAGUGACGGUGUUAUAUCAGAAAUUGAUAUAAUUUCUUAUUUCAUCGUCAACUUCGACCAUAAUGGUAAUUUGGCCAUUGAAGAAUCAGAAUUCGUCAAGCAGUGGAAUCAAGACUUCCAUGAUGAAGUAGCUUUUGCCCAGCAUGUUUUCCACCACCUGGAUACCGAUGAUAAUGGUCGUCUGGAUAUUUCAGAUGUUGAUCCACUUGUCAAACGUGCUGAUACGAACGGUGAUGGUGUAAUCCAAACUACAGAAUUCAAGGCCUAUCUUGAAGCUAUUUACAACGCCUGUUAAAACGACUUCACGACUCAUUAUUUGAUGUAAUAAAAAGUUCAAUGUCA